UGAAGCCAGCAGACCAACGAGAAACACUGACAGCAGACUAUCUGGAGACCAACAGCAGGCCACAGGGAGACUGUCUGAGCAACAGUAAUCAUGCUGUGUGCGAUGUUUCUCCUUCUAUGUUUGCUGGGAAGCUGCCAAGCUGUGGGAGAUCCGGAGAUCGCAGAUCAAUCUCGUCAUGAACUGCUGGAGCAAACUGGUAAUCAGGUCACCGUCUGUAUUGGAGGAUGUUGUGAUAGAGCAAGCAACAGUAAAUGCAACACUAUGUACGGAGGAGUGUGCCAUCCUGAGAACAACACCCUAUCGCACUGUGAUUUCGAUAUCAUGCACGCCUGCAAGCGUCAUUGUAGGUGUUGCGUUGAUUGCAAGACUAACAAUAAGAACUCCGGGUGCAGAAAGGUGCAUGGGAGAUGCAAGAAGACUUGCAGUGAUCGCGAGUAUCAGAAAGUUGGCAAAUCUUGCCAUAGCAGCAAGUGCAAAUGUUGCAAGAUGUGUCGAACCUCAUCCAGGUGCCAGCGAGGUCCCAAUCCCGGACGGUGCAUUGGCAACGCGCGCAGCUGCAACAAAGGUGCAUCUUACAUUUGCAAAUCGCGCUGCAAGGUGGCUAGCUGCGUUUGUUGCAGGACCUGCAUACCUGAUGCUAGUUGCAUUGAUGCAGGAGGGUUCUGUAUUAAGGCCGGUCGUUACUGUCCGAGGUACUACGCCGCCUAUCGCUGUGGGUGCAACAACGAUAGGCAUUGCUGGUGCUGUGUUCCUGCUAAGAAAAAAGGGAGAUUCCGCGGGUCUUGCGCCGUAUCUACAGCUAAGAAGCAUAAAGCCAUAUUCCUGAACAAUACUUCACCAACUACAACCGGCGUCAGCCUUUACACAUUCUUUUAGCCAUGAUAGUGGGACAUGGACACUCUCUCUUUAGUGGCUAUUCCAAAAAGGCUUAUACAACGUAGUUCUCCUAUUUCUUUGCAUAUUUAUAGUCACUUGUAGCCCUCCUGUUUCUUUACACAAUGAUAUUCAAUAGCAGCUCUUCUAUUUAUAUAGCACUAUAUAGUACUGACUGAAUUUGUACAUUGAGUAUAAUAAAUUUGGCAGUUUUUGUUUUCU